UCUGACAUAGCCAAUACGAGGAGACAAGGCCUCCCGGCUAUGGCGACUGCCUCUCGCGCAUAAUGGGUCGAGCAUCAGUGUUGAUGACGAUGGCGCUUAUGGUGACGAUUUGCGCCAUCGCCAUUGUGCUCCGUUCCGGCGUAAGUGCGGCUUACGGCGGGCGGGCUGCGAGUAAUUGGCACCAGCAGGACAAGUGUCAAAGUGCUGGCAACAGUUCUGAGAACAGCGUCCGUCCUUCUUGGCAUGGAAGUAGGGUCUCCCACGAUACUCAGAUUGAUUCGCUUUCACUCGACGAGCAAACGACUUUCAACUCCAGGUUCCUCGAAGUUACCGAUGGCAUACUCCCGACCGUCCUGAAUGCUGACCUGAUAGUGAAGAGGACGAAGGUGCUCACGGUGACACCGAGUCCGGUGUUUCCCACUACGAACACGAGCUCGUUACUCGAGUGCUUUGACAGUCUGGAGAACCUUGUGCUUGCGCUCAAUGGUUCUGUCUUGUAUUACGUUCGCGACCAGCGGUGCUUCUUCAACACGUCGGGCAUACCGUCUCAUUGGCUGGUCUCCGACAAGGAGAUGGAGGCGAUGGCGUAUGUGAAUGGCAUGGACUUGUUGGAUCAAGGAACGACUUUGGUACUCGGAGUUCAGAAGCAAGAUGCCUCGAACGCGACGCUUGCGGACGGAAGGGCGAUGGUGACGUUGCUCUCCGCAGUGAAUGGCAGCAGGCGAUCGCUUCCGUUGCCCGGACUGGUCACUGCUGGUAUGGGGCUCGAUCCGACGAAGACCAACGCCUACCUUGUCGAUCUCAUGGAUCCACCGCGUGUGAUGUCUGCGGAGGCUGCCAGUCUGUUGCGCAAUAGUGUCAGCACUACAGACGACGACUUGUUGAAUCCAGAAGCCACCUUCCCUCGCGUAACGGGGUUGAACCUGUCCAGGUUGAUGGUCCGUCCGCACCGAUUUACCUCGGAUGGAAGCUGCCUGCACAUCGUUGAUAUCAGGGAGGGCAAUAUCUGGACCGGCAAUCUGUCUGCGAGGAACAUAACUCUCGCCGCUGAUCCGAACCUAGUUGGUUUGGAGGAGGGAAAAAGCGGCUAUUUGAGAGAGAUUGCAGUGACCAAGGACGGCUGCAAUGCUUUCGUCACUGACCUUGACGGUCAGUUGCGAUGGAUGCAGUUAAGAGCACAGUGCGGCGAAGCGCAAAGGGUGGAGAUACCGGCGAGAUAUAGGGAAGGAGGGUUCUGGGGUUCAGCGAUCCAAGAAGAAGACAAUCAGCUUCGCUUGUACGUUGGAACGACUGACGGACUCAUAUUCGAGCUGGAGAUGAACAGGUCCGCCCUGCACACAUGCCAGCCACGCUCCCGACCCCCACCGCCCUCUACUACCGGUCGCGUUCCCCUUCCCACAUCUUCUAAUCCACCUCCUCCUCCCACCAUCUCAUCGUCCUCUCACCCGCCCUCCGCUGACUCCCCCGGUUCCGCUCAGAAAGCCAAAAGGCACCGCAACCUAACCCUAGCUGUCUAUCUGCCCGUGGCCAUUGUGGCGGUCUCUGCCAUCUUGGCAGUCCUCAUGAUUGCUGUCUUCUACUACCAGAGGCGGGAAGGUCGAAAGCGGCAGGAAGGCGCGCUAGAACGGUGCGGACCUUCCGCUCGCGAUUCAUCCACGUCCUCCCUCGUCGGAAGCGGUAAGGGAGCAUCAACCGCGCAUGAGGGUACUAUGGAGGACUUGCUGCCGUUCAAUGUGACGGCGUACCCGCUGGAGACCGUGGCGCUCGUCACCGGUGAUUUCAGCGCUGAUUAUCGGAUAGGAGACAACGGUGCUUUUGGCGAUGUCUACUGGGGUAAUAUUGGGGGCAGGGAGGUGGCUAUCAAGGUGAUGAGGGGGGAGAUCACGGCGGAGAAGCAGAAGCAAUUCGUGGCCGAAGUGACCACAUUGAGCAGGCUCCAUCACUCCAAUCUCAUCGACCUGAUAGGUUACUGCCAGGAAGGGAAUUCGUGUAUCCUUGUAUACCCGUUCUUUCGGGGAGGAAGUCUGUGCGCGCGCUUGCACAACACAGAUGGGACUCGUGGGAGAGCAUCCCGUGCAGCUCCUGUUGGUCCUCCUCUUACGUUAGUGGAGCGCAUGUGUAUAGCCUUUCAGAUCGCCAAGGGUCUCCGCUAUCUCCACACGGAAGUGGAACCCCCGAUCAUUCACCGGGAUAUCAAGAGCAGCAACGUCCUUCUGGAAGAUGGAUCGGGGGCGAAUCUGCGCGCCGUCGUCGCCGAUUUUGGACUGGCGAGGAUCUGUGAGAGCCUCUUCCAUACGCAAGCCGAGGCUAUUGCGUGGACGAGCCACGCGGCGGGCACCCAAGGCUACAUGGCACCGGAGUACCUGCUGAGAGGGAAGCUGACGGUCAAGAACGACGUGUAUGCUUUUGGGGUUAUCCUGCUCGAGCUGCUGACAGGGAGGAAGGUGCUCACGCCGGCGCCGCCGCCAGAGAUAGGAUGGCGGACACUCGUGCAAUGGGUGACGCCAUCGCUGGGACGUCAUCUGUAUGUUGACGACAUACCGAUCCAGAUUCUCGACACGUGUCUAAGGGAGCAGGUCAGGACCGAUGCUGCAAUGAAAAGACUGGUGGCGGGUGCACUCUUGCUGGCGCGUGACUGCGUCGAGGAGGUGGACAGCUCGAGGCCAACGAUAAGCGCGGCCGCAGAGAGGUUGGGUAGUCUCCUGUCAGGGGCAAACGUAAGGGGCAGGGCAAAUAGGUAGAGUACUGGGCGAAGGAAGACAAAGUGCCGGAGGGCGAUGGAAACGACGGCAAAGUCCAGUGGUCUGUGCACUUAUUGAGGUAAAGAAACACGUUUGCAAGCCAUUGGAUGACAGGAUCAGCAUGACGAAGGAAAUUUAAAUAAGAAAAAGAACAAAAAGGACAAGAACAACCAGAGAAACAGUUAAACGAAACAAAAAUAAGACACGUGA